UAAUAAUAAUAUUAAUAAUGAUAACAUUAAUUAUAGUAUUAAUAAUAAUGCCGAAAUCUGUUACGCUAUGCUACAAAAGAAGGGUUGAUUUUCCUCAAAAAAAAAUAAAAAAAUGACAUUCCUACCCUCGAUAUUGGGCAGGACUCACCACCACCACUCCACCAGGUUAAUCACUCCUCCUAAACUCACCACGUUUUGCAAAUAAAAAGCUGUAUUUUAUGACACCAGAAGUUAAAGCUGUGGCGUGUUACCCAGAAAACUCUUUCUGCUAUUUUCAUUUUUUUCUUUCGCCUUCACUUUUACAUUGCUCCUCUCUCUCCUCCACUGAAGCAUAUUCCGAGUUUUCCAUUGAAGCAUUUUCCUAGUUCUCUCUUCCAUGAAACGGCUACUGAGCUUUCUCCCCUCCGAUGCAGCAGCUUCUAAGUUUUUGUUAGGAGGGAACUAUAAAAAUGGACCUUUUCUCCCUGGGCCGAGGGCGGCUGCCCCUCUUGCCCUGGCUCAGGGACGGGCCUGGUAUAGCGUUGACGAUGACAAGUCUAAGAGAACUGAUGAAGUGUUGGAAGAUAGAGAUCCAAGCUAUGAAGCAAUGCUCAAUAAAAUGGUUGGAAAAAUCAGUUCUAAGCCUGGUGGCAAGCUUGAAAUGGGCGAGGCUCAUGUGGUACAGAAGCCUAAAAGACCCUUGCCAAAAGUAAGAAAUACGACUCCUGAGACUGGACGUUAUGAGGAAAGGCCUGUUGCUGCAGGGACAUUAAAUGUAGCUCAAUUUCGCCACAUAAUGCGUCUUCAUCAAGGCACGGCUGAUGAGCAUGAUGGGCCUCUAGGUCUAAAAGAGGUUGCUGAGAGAUUUCAGGUGGAUGCUGUACAACUUGAAAAGAUAUUCCAGUAUGUAUCCUUGCCACCUGAGGAUAAUACUAACAGGAAAAAACACGAGCUUGGAGACUGAUUUCCCUUUCCUAGUGGUACUAGUAGUUCAGAAUGACUGAUUGCUUUUUGAUACAAUCAGUUCAAAAGUGUAUUUGCGAAAUAUAUAUUUAUAUGAAUGAUGAAUCAGAAUAGUGAUGAAAAGUUAAGUUAAUAGCACUACAAGGUACUGAACUUCGGUGAUAGUAGCAAUUAAGGUACUGAAGUUUUAUUCCUUGCAAAUAAGGUAUUUAGCUGGUGACCGAAGGUAACAUUUUCGGCCAUUACACGUAACCGGUUAUACGUAAUUUUCUUACAAAAAAUUAA